CUGAGCUCGGGCCACUCGGAUUUUGGGUCACAAGUCAGACUCUCUCUCUCUCUCUCUCUCUCUCUCUUCUGGGGUUUUUGGUGUCCUGGUAUUUCCAACAGAGCUUGUGCAGAUUUUGAAGUUAUACGUACCCCUUGAGACUAUGCACCAUCUUAAGCGAAUUGGAUUUUCAUCAAUCAAGAACAGAUGGCCAGUUACUUUGAAACCAUACAGUCGUGUGGGUUCUCUAAUGGAGUAUGCAAAUAAGCCUACGAAGCGGGUUUCUGAUGUGGGUCUGGGUUUUUCAUCUGUGGCCACAGAGAAGUCUGCAGUUAACCAUCUUGCAAAAAGGUUGCAAGCAGUGCUGAAGUCAGAUUGCGGAAGAUUUUAUGUUGCUAAUGACUGUAAGACUAAGGAGGUGCUUGGAGCUGGUGGAGCGGCUGUUAUGUUUAGAGGGCCCCAAGGCAGAACAAGUGCAGUAAAGUUUCAGUCCCUAUUCCGACUUACCAGAAGCCCUAGAGCCAACUUGGAAGGUCCUUCCUUCUCUAGAACUUUUGCAUCGACAGCUUCAGAACAGAAGGGACGAAAUUCAUCAGAGCAGUCUAGAAAAGACAUAUCAACAAUUGAGGAUCCCUUUGAUGCUCCGACAUACAACAUUCCAGAGAAGCCCGUGACAUUUACAGAGGGAGCUUCGUAUAGUCUCAUCAUUCUUGUAGGGCUUGGAAUUGCUGCUGCAGCAGGAUAUGCAGUUUUCAAAGAACUUAUAUUUGAACCUAAAGAGUACAAGAUUUUUGGCAAGGCUCUAGAAAGGAUUCAAAAUGACGGCCAGGUUAGGGUGAGAAUCGGAUCUCCUGUUACCGGCUAUGGCCAGGAAAGUAGGAAUCGUGCCGCUCGCCAACGGAUACCAAAUAGGACAUGGACUGACGAAGAUGGCAUUGAACAUGUUGAGGUGAACUUCUAUAUCCGGGGACCCCAUGGAGCCGGAAAAGUUUACACCGAGAUGUUCAGAGACAAGGUGGACAAGCAAUGGAAGUUCACAUAUUUGAUUGUCGACAUCAAAUCGCCUUCCCCAGCACAGCUAAUGCUCGAGUCUUACGUCCCUGCCUGAAAGCAUCUACUCCAUUAAUCCGUGUCAUCCAUUCUCUGAAUCCUCUCUUUUGGAAAGCGGCCGGUGUAAUUCUCAGAGUUUUUGACUGCACAGCGUUGAGAAAUCGUAGCUUUAGUCUUCCCAGUUUUUGCUGCCCCCCACAUAUUCUUUUUUUUUAGUAUUAUUCUUUUGUUGGAUCCAGAAAAAGGUAGAGAGUUGGAAGAGGAACUUCCUUUGAAGGAAAGGAAGAGGGAAAAAGGAGAGUUGGUAGGAACUUGUGGUUAAGUGUUGUUUUUGCAGAUUUGUAGUCUGAGGUUUUGGCAUUUGAAUAGCGGCCUCUUUCCUAUGCCCUUUCUUACUUUAAGAAAAACAGGAGACAUGCUUUUU